CAAUUGCUUUGUGGAACGGAAGUGAUCACCGUGUGGUGCUACCUCGGAUAGCUUCAACCAAAUUUGUCCGGAGCCACAUAUUGAACUGAACUGGACUGAACCGGAAAGCUUCCUUUUGCAUUGCUGCCUGUAAGGUUCUUUGUGCAUCUUCAAUCAUGCCACCUAAAAAGGAUACAAAAGGUUCUUCUAAGCAACCACAGAAAACUCAGAAGAAGAAGGAGGGUGGAUCUGGUGGUAAAGCUAAGAAGAAGAAGUGGUCCAAGGGAAAAGUACGUGACAAGUUAAACAAUCAAGUCCUUUUUGACAAAGCCACAUAUGAAAAACUGCUGAAGGAAGUACCACAAUAUAAAUUGAUCACACCCUCUAUUGUCAGUGAAAGACUGAAAAUUAGAGGGUCACUUGCCAGAAGAGCUUUGAUAGAACUUCAACAAAAGGGUCUGAUUAAACAAGUUGUACAACAUCAUGCACAACUCAUCUACACACGUACCACUAAGGGAGAUGAUCCAGCAGUAUAAUAUAUUUAAAAUGUUUUAAUAUAAAUAAAAAAACUUAAUACAUAAUCUACUUUA